UACACAUCUAUUUUUACACUUAUAUAUAUAAUAGAAGAACAGGUCUAAACUUCUCAUUUAUUUGCAAUGAAAACCCAAUCUUUGUUUUCAUGGCUGACACCAGCUGUGUUAACAAUUUUAUCUUUUUUGAUUUCUUUCGUUUUUGGUACUGAAACCAUACCUAAUAGCCCUUUGAUGAAACCUCUGCUUCCACCUUUGAAGACACCCUAUGUUGCUCCAGAUACACCUAAAUAUAAUUAUGCUGAAGUAAUCCAUAAGAGUUUCCUCUUUUAUCACGCUCAAAAAUCUGGUAUUUUGCCCUAUCAACGUCUGGCCUGGCGAUCUGAUUCUUGUUGGGUAUGUAUUGGUGAUUUUGGUGAAGAUUUAUCUCGCGGUUGGUAUGAGGCAGCUAAUACUAUGAAGUGGGGAUUACCCCUUGGUUGGACUGCUACACAGUUGGCUUAUAAUAUUGUGAUCUUUGAAGAUGCAAUGAAUUCUGUUGAUGAGCUUGCUGAAGGCCUUGAAUUAAUCAAAUGGGGUGCUGACUACAUAUUGAACGCACAUUACAAUGAUACUUAUAUUGUUGGUCAAUUAGGAACAGCUUCAUUAGGUCCUAUUUCAAAACUAAUUGAGCUAGAUGUUGACUUCAACUAUUGGGGACCACCUGAAGAAUAUGAGCAAUGGGUUCCUUCUGGUUUACCUCAUAAGGCUUCAUACAUUUCACCUGAAAACCCAUCUUCUGAAAUUGUUGGUGAAUAUGGUGCUGCCUUGGCUGCUAUUUCAAUAGCUUGGAGAAAGCAUAACUCUACUUAUGCUGACAUUCUUCUUGACCAUUCUAAACGGCUCUUUAAAUUCGCUAUUGAUCACCCAGGUAGCUAUGUUACCUCUCGGCAGAAUGCCUUUCAAUGGGCUACAUUUUGGUACCCUUCUACUCGUUAUGAAGAUGAAAUCGCUUGGAAUGCUGCUUGGCUUUAUGCAGCUACUAAAGAGGAGUAUUAUCUCAAUGAAGCCAAAAAAUGGUAUGAAAAGGCUUCCGAUUCGUGGAUUGAGUACUCAUGGGAUGAAAAGGGUGCUGGAAUUCACGUAUUGCUGUAUACGUUAACAAAGGAACCACAAUUUUAUAGAAAUGCUAUGAAUUAUUUCAAUCAAUUCUUACCUAAUAAUCCUAAACAAAUUGUCAAAUUCACACCUCGUGGACUAGCUUAUAUAGAUCAUUGGGGCUCUGUUGGAUAUUCAGGCAAUGUUGCCUUCUUGAUGUUGGCAUUUGCUAAAGCUAUUGGAUACGAUAGAAAGGAAUCUAAAGCUAUGAUUACUUUUGCAACUCAACAAAUUAACUAUGCUCUAGGUGAUUACGGCUAUAGUUGGGUUGUUGGCUUUGGUAAUAAUUAUCCAUCCAAACCUUACCAUAAGUCUUCCUAUAAUUCUUAUAUUGAUUAUCCUAUGCGUGGUGCUAUGCAAGAUAAGGUCGAACUUGAUUUCUCUGAAUCAAAAACACAACAACGCUUCAUUUUAUAUGGUGCUGUUGAAGGUGGACCUAACAUUGAUGACACUUGGUAUGAUGAUCGUACCAAUUAUGAAUAUUCUGAAGUCACCCAAGACUAUAAUGCUGCUUGGACUGGUGCUCUUGCAGGUCUUAUUGAUUAUUAUGGUGCUGAAAAAUUUGAACCUUACACCGAUUGUGAUCUUGAUCUUGGAUGGACUCAUCCCAAUGCUUCAAAGCCUCCUGCGUGGCCAGAAGAUGAUUGUUAUCAUACAUGUAACAAGGGCUGCCCAAGAGGGGAAAUGAAAUCUUCUUUUACUUGGAAGUUAUUAACGACUCCACAAGAAGAACUACCUCAAUUGCUUGAUGUACUUUAUCCUGGACAAGGCUUAUUAAAAGCCGCUGCUCUUGAGGGUAAGACAUUAGCUGAUUUGAAAGGCGUUAGCUCUAGCUCUGUGGCAAAUAAUAAUAAUGAAAUGAAUAUGAACAAAGCUGCCAACCCGAAUAUAAAUGAAAAGCAUGAGCAAUUUGCUUCAAGAUCAGGAAAUUCUUAUAAUGUUUCCUAUUUAUUAACCAUCACCAGUAUAUUUGCUGUUAUUUACCACUUUUUUUUAGUACUCUAAUCCAUAGUUUUUACAAAACACUUUUUACUUAUAUGGGGAGUUUUUUUUCUUUUCUUUUUUUUAGAAUAUAAUUAA